AUGGAUAGCAGCAAGGGCAAACCAUACCGGCCAGCAGCUCUCACGGGCGCGGCAAAGCUCCUCGCCGAGGCCGCAGAAGAAGAGGCUCGUUUGCCAUCCGAGGACCGGUCGAGAGACCACCUCGUCGCAUCCCAAGGCCCCGUCUGGUCCGGCGACGAGUCUCAACAUGAUGCGGUCUUGCGCAUGCUUGUCGAUGCACACAAGCCACAUCGUACCGGUGAAGGAAUCAAGUCCGAUUCGGCCGACAAACGUAUCUCGCAAUGGAUGGUCAACCUCGACAUGAGCCCGCGGGAGCCGGUUGUCAAACCUCGCUAUGAGGUUGAUGGGUCCGCUCCUAUUCCCCUCCGGUCGGACAGCCAAGGCAUCAACCCCCACCGUACCAACAUUCCACCGCACCUUCACCGACCAUGGCACGCGACUUAUACGGGCGACAACCAGGAGGUCGUCGAUGCGCCAAGAGUCAAGUGGGGCACGUUCGAGUCCACCCAGGAAGUCGAGAACCUGUUUAGCGACCUCGAGCUCCGCCUGUCGCCAAACGCGGAUGGCACUACACGCCAAAAGAAUCGCCAGGCGAGGCGAACUGCUCGCCUCCAAGGAAGGCUUGACGGCGCAAGAGAGGGCGCGCUUGACUACCACUUGGGAGUCAAGGACGGCGACCUCACAGACGGCGGCAAAGACGACGACGACGAUGUCGGAUCGACGUUCCGCGGCAACCGCCAGCUGAGGGGUUUGAGUGUUCUUGGCGCCCAAAGGGGCGGCGCGAGCGGGAUGCGUGCGUGGACUGGUCUCGUUGAGGACAGAAUCCAGCGUGCAAUGGAUAACGGACACUUCAAACAUGUCCAGGGGCGAGGGAAGCCUCUCGUCAACGACCCAGAGAUGAGGAACCCAACUCUUGAGCCUGCAGAGGUCUUCAUGAACCGCAUUAUCAAGCGCCAAGGGGCCCUUCCUCCGUGGAUCGAGAUGCAAAACCUCGUCGACACCAACCUGUCGUCGUUCCGCACCAUGCUCUUUGAUUCAUACACUCGCCACCUCGUCCGUUCGGUCCUCUCCGCCCACGGUCUGCACCCAUUACCACCCCGCCAUGCCAUUCCAGAUCGCGACGAGACAUGGGAGGCCCGGGAGGAAAAGUUCCACGACGCAAGUGUCAAGUCUAUCAAUGACUUGAUCUUCAAGAUGAAUGCCCAGGCCCCGGCUCCCGCCCGCCGUCCCAAGAUCACCCGCGAAGUUGAGCUGAACCGUAUCCGCGGCGACCCUCUGCGCCAAGCGGUGUGGGCUGGAAUUGAGCAGCGGGCACAGGACAUCAAGGACCUCGAGGCGCGUGGACCACCCCAGCGUCACAGUUUUUUGACAUCGGGUCAGAACGUCACCUCGCGGUUUGGAGACCACGUAUCCAAGUCUCUUGGCUCGUUUGGUGCAAGCCAAGGCGACGGCCGCGGUCACUCUGGCGGCGACAAUGUAUCUGGCGGAUCCAUGUCCCAUGACUCCCACCACGCUGGUGGCGGCGGCAAGGGCCUGCUCAUCUUUGCUUGCGUGGGUCUGGGCACUAUCGUCUAUUUCCGCCGCCAUGAGCUCCGCACCGAGUCCCUCGACCCCGAUCUUAUCCCCUUAAUCCCCCUUCACGAUGACGAGGAGGAGCCACCAUCUGACGAGCCUUUUCUGGUUUCAUCGCCCAAGGAGCCCCACUAUUCCGUCCUCCAAGUCUUGAACGCCUACAUCCUCGAGCCCUUCCUCACUCUCGUGCGCUUCCUUCAUCUUGCGAUCCUCUUCGGCCCCGUCAUCAUUACGGCCCCGAUGCUGUUCGUGGGCUCUACACCCAGGCGCCGCCCUGGCAAACCGGUGGCAGAGCAAGAAGAAGGUUGGGGCGCUGUGUGGUGGUAUGGCUUCCUCGUUGCCCAGAUGGAACACGCUGGCCCGUCAUUCAUCAAGCUCGCUCAAUGGGCGGCAUCACGUACCGAUCUGUUCCCGGCUCCGCUUUGUCAGAAAAUGUCCAAGCUCCACUCGAACAACGACCCGCACCCGUUCAAGUACACCAAGAAGGUUAUCGAAAAGUCGUUUGGCGUGUCCUUUGACGACAUUUUCGAAGAGUUUGACGAGACACCCAUUGGUUGUGGUGCCAUUGCUCAGGUGUACCGUGCCAAACUCCGUCCCUCUGUCUGGGCGCACAGUGACGCCGAGGCCCAGACUCUUGCUCUCGAGAUUGCCGAAAAGACAAAUGGUGACCAGCGCCUCGUGACCACUGUGGCUGUAAAAGUUCUCCACCCGCGUGUCGAAAAGCUCGUCAGCCGUGACAUUGCCAUCAUGUCCAUCUUCGCCAACAUUGUCAACGCCUUCCCCGGUAUGGAGUGGAUCUCUCUGCCCGAGGAGGUGCUCGUGUUUGGCGAAAUGAUGAACCAGCAACUCGACCUGCGCGUCGAGGCCGCCAACUUGUAUCGCUUCGAACGCAACUUUUCCCACCGCGGCAAGAUUGUCACCUUCCCCCGCCCCAUCAAGGUUGGCGACGACAGCCAGACGUUUGCCAGCCGCGAAGUCCUCAUCGAAGAAUUUGAGGAUGCUCUCCCGCUCAAGUACUUUUUGCGCAACGGCGGCGGACCGUACGACGAAAAGAUUGCCAACUAUGGUCUGGAUGCCUUUCUUGAAAUGCUGCUGCUGGACAACUGGACCCACGGCGAUCUCCACCCUGGAAACAUCAUGGUCCGCUUCAUCAAGCCCGGUACCACCCACAUUAUCCGCCCGCUCCUGAACCGCCUGCAUCGAAACUUGCCCCCGCAGGAAUCGCCCAUCCCCAUGGAAUCGAUUUCGGCCGUCGAGCUGGUCCACGAGCUCAAGGACAUUGCGCACGACAAGGACAAGUGGCUUGAACGCCUCGACGAGCUCAGCGAUGAAGGGUACGCGCCGCAGCUGGUGUUCAUUGACGCUGGCCUCGUCACCUCGCUCAAUGAGAAGAACCGUCGCGACUUUUUGGACCUGUUCCAGGCCGUCGCCGAGUUUGACGGCUACCGCGCCGGAAAGCUCAUGGUGGAACGCUGCCGUCGUCCCGACCUGGCCAUUGACGAGGAGACGUUUGCGCUCAAGAUCCAACAUUUAGUCUUGAGCGUGAAGUCGAAAACCUUUUCGCUUGCCAAAAUCAAAAUCUCGGAUAUCCUGACCGACGUCCUAGUCGCUGUCCGUCAGCACCACGUCAAGCUCGAGGGCGAUUUUGUCAACACUGUACUCUCCAUUUUGCUUUUGGAAGGAAUUGGACGUCAGCUUGACCCGGACAUGGACCUGUUCAAGUCUGCUCUCCCCAUCCUGCGCCAACUGGGUAGGCAGAUGGGUCCGCGUGAAGCCAUGGCCGGUGUGCAGACCGGUAGUAUCUGGGCUAUGGCCAAGCUGUGGGUCUGGGCCGAGGCGCGCGGUGUCAUGGGUGAGGCAAGUGCGAUUGAUAAAUGGGUCAAGUAUGACUGGCUGUCGCCGAAUAUUUGA